AUAAAAGCGUAGAAUAUAGUACAUCGUCGAGUCAGUUAAGGUCGAACUCCUGGGACUAGCACUCUUAAGAAAGAGCUCCGUGUUGCUUUGUUCGUUGCUUCUGUGUGCAAAUUCAUUCCAAAAUGAGCAAGCUUAUGCUGUACAUCUUCGCCUCCAUGCUAAUUGUAGCAGUUGUGUCAGGAGCAUCCACGUCGUGCGGUCGUCACGGUGAUCCUUGUGUCAGCGACAGUAAUUGCUGUUCGGGCAUAAAGUGUCACAGGUAUGCGAACAGAUGUCAAGUCCAGAUCACGGCAGAGGAGCUAAUGGCUCAGCGUGAGAAGAUCUUAGGUCGGAAGGGCAAGGACUAUUGAUCCCAACUACCGAGCGUAAACUAUUCUAAAUCUCGUCGAAAUCAAAGAGGAACGAAGAAACAUUCUAAUAACAAAUGAGAACUUAGUGGUCUGAAAUAACAAGCGUAGAGCUAGACGAAUUUUUGAACAAUAAAAACUUAGCUAUAAAAGUCUAUAUAAAUAUUCACUUUUCUCUCGAAUUCGAUAUUCUUUAGAAUAAUGAUACAUUGAUGCGUACGAUGUUCGCCGUUACAAUGAGAUUACAUACAAUUAAAGAUGUUCCAAAAGAA